AUGGCUACCAAACACAGUGUGUCCAAGUUUGGGAGCACAGUUCCCUCAAACCUCUGUGUCUUAACCUCCUUCGGUUAUCGGCAGGGCAGCUUGACCCAGAGGAUACUAUUCACGGUGCUUCUGUCGAACUUUGAGAGGAGCUGGUUGCCCUCCGGUCAGAAAAACGCAGGGAAAGCUGCAGACUUCAACAAGUCCUACUGCAACCCCAUGAAGCAUUCUACAGGGAGCAGCAGUAGCAUGCUUUCCCCUCGCUCCCUCUCCAGUAAGAAAGCACCGCCAGAACCUAAGGGGAAGCGCUACGUCACGAAGCACCUGUUCAGCGACACGGACACCGACCGCACCAGGACCGGUACCGACGUCAGCUGGCUGAGGGAGUCCAGCCGCAAGCCCAAGCCCAAAGUCACCGACUACACCCGGAAGGCCCCGGCCAAGACUGUCGUUCAGGCCCCCGACACCACCUGUAGGCAGCGGCACGGGAGCGGCCAGAGAGGCAGGCCGCUGUCCCAAGCAGCGCCGGCAGCAGGCAGGAGGCCCCAGAGAGCCGCGGCCACUCAGGCCAAGAGCUACAGGGACCCAGACAGCGAUGACAGCCAUUCUGGGGUGGACCAGCCUCCCGCUGCCAAGAAGCACCCAUCUGUUGAGCAGCCGACAAAGAGAGAGCAGGCGACUGAGAAAACGAGAACAAGCCUACCUUACAAACGGACUAAUCAGAAGAUAGAGCGCAAUGGUCGUGACAGCCUCACAGACAAAGAGCUCCCUGCACCCUCCAAGAAAUGCACCACAGGCAGGCGAGUCCAGAGUGAGGAGACCUACCCCAUCAAACCUCCUGAAGCCAAGCAGCCCUCCAGCGCCUUCCCCAAACAGCCCCCCAAGACCAACCAGGGGCCCCACGUCCAGUCGGAGGUGGACCAGUCCCCCGGUCCCCAGAAACAGGCGGGGAAGAGAGCCUUCCAGGGAGCGGGGGAGACGAAGAGAGGAGGACCGGGGCUGCGUCCCAACGAGCAGAUUAGUGUCCAGAAGGCCUCGUGGACCACCCGCCUGGCCUCCCGCUCGCCCUGCCUUCCUCCCGUGGAGAAGAUGAGAUCUGCAACGACCAUGACCCCAGCCCCGGCCAUCUCCCCCCUCAGCCCCUUGGGGUCCCCGCGCCCCACCUUCCCCGACGGCCUACACCCCCGCGGCCGGGGGGCCCCCAAACCGCCACGCCCCGUCGCCACCGGCAACGGCGUCAGCAAGGGGGCCGUCCUCCCCCCCGGCGGGCCGAGGAAGAGGGGCUCGGCCCCGGCUCUUCCUCUGCGCUUCCUGCCGCCGCACCCCCCCGUUGAGACCCCCGUAGGUCGCCCGGCCGCACAGCGGGCCCCCAGGAGAGGCGGUGUGAGCGAGGUAGGAGCCCGCUGGUCUGGGGGGGGUCUCUCCCCCGGCCCCUCGGCUGGGGGCCGUUCGUUGUGA